AUGAAAAACUCAUGGUCAAAUUCUUUGAAGUGGUCGGGAGACUCUACUGCUAGAAUUUGGACUAUUGGAGAUGGUCCAUGUAAUUCUACUAUCCAAAGGAGAACUCCAAAUGUUUUGGUUUUGAAGCCUUUGGAAAGUCGAGCAACUAAGGAACACAAGGAUGUUACAACACUUGAUUGGAAUAGUGAGGGAACCCUACUUGCAACAGGUUCUUACGAAGGCAAAGUCAGAAUAUGGAACCGAUAUGGGGAAUUGGUUAGAAAUCUUAACAAUCAUUGUUGUCCAAUCUUAUCUUUGAAGUGGAACAAGAUAGGUGAUUAUCUACUUAGCGGUAGUGUUGAUAGAACUGCCGUUGUUUGGAAUGUACAGUCUGGCAAACCGAAGCAGCAAUUUGAAUUUCCUUCAGUUGUACUUGAUGCUGAUUGGCAAAACAACGAUUCUUUUGCGGUCGGUUCCAUUGAUAACAUGAUUUACAUUUGUAAAGUUGGGGAGAAUCGACCAGUCAAAAGAUUCUCAGGACAUAAGAAUGAAGUCAAUGCUGUCAAGUGGGACCCCUCAGGUUCCUUGCUGGCUUCAUGCUCUGAUGAUACCACAGUUAAGAUAUGGAGCAUGGAACAAGAUGUCUGCUUGCAUGAUUUCAGAGAACAUUGCAAAGAGACAUAUACCAUCAAAUGGAGCUCAACUGGCGCUGGUACAAGCAAUCCAAAUCAACAAUUGUUGCUGGCAAGGCGAUUUGGUCAGGAUAGGAAUCUUGGAUUACAAAUUAACCCCUUUUAUAUAUUUUCCCUUUCGUUCUUCAUCAUCCUCUCCCUGGAUCCGUGA